UGAGCUACUUAGGCCAAAAACGCUCGGUUUGGGCUCGAACGCUCUCCACGCCCUUCCCUCCACAAGCAGCUAAGCACGCGAAGCCAUUUGAAAAGCUAGGAGCUUUCGGCUUUUUUUCCUUCCAUGGAAUCCUUCCAUCUGUCGAAGCUCGCAUUCGCUCCUCCUGCCUGCUUCGCCACCCUCAUCCUGCCGCCGCUCCGCCUCGCUGCAUCCUCCGCCGCCGCAUUCAGGGUCUUCUCGGCCUCUGCCGCCGACGGAGCUGUCGCUGCGCCUCUUGCGCUGGACUCGCCGUCCCUGAUCACUGGCCUUCGAGAUUCCGGGAAAGCUGAUGGACGAGCUAGGGUUAGGGGCGUUAAGGAAAUUCAGAGAGCUGAGCUCAGGGAGAACUGGCUGGACGCUCUCUCUUGCCCCUUUCCUCCCGCAAAGCCUUCCACUGAGUGGGUAAUUGGAGUCGACCCGGAUGUUUCUGGAGCCCUAGCCAUACUGAAACCUGAUCAAUCUCCUCAAGUAUUUGAUUCUCCUCACUUAAAAGUAAUGGUUGGGAAAGGAUUACGGAGUCGUUUAGAUGCAAAGUCCAUUGUUAACUUGCUUCGAAGUUCUGAAGUUCCCGUUGGAACUACUGCAUUUAUCGAGCAAUCAUCUCCAUACCCACAAGAUGGUAAACAGGGUUGGUGGGGUGGAGGAUUCGGGUAUGGAUUGUGGAUUGGAAUCUUAGUAGCUUUGGGAUUUACUGUUGUUCCCGUUCCAUCAUCAUUGUGGAAAAGAUAUUUUAAGCUGCCAGGAGGUCACCUAAAUAAGGACUUUUUGGCUUUGGGGUGUGAUGGAAUAAAUCAAAAUGGAUCUCUAAACUGUCUGCGCUUCUUUAAUUAAUGAAGUAGCAGUUAGUCAAGCAAUGCAACUUUCGACGUUGAGCCGGGGGUCUCUUUGGAAACAGCCUCUCUACUUUCGAGUAGGGGUAAGGUCUGCGUACACACACCCUCCCCAGACCCUACUCUUGUGGGAUUUAACUGGGUUGUUGUUGUUGUUGUUGUNUUUGGCUUUGGGGUGUGAUGGAAUAAAUCAAAAUGGAUCUCUAAACUGUCUGCGCUUCUUUAAUUAAUGAAGUAGCAGUUAGUCAAGCAAUGCAACUUUCGACGUUGAGCCGGGGGUCUCUUUGGAAACAGCCUCUCUACUUUCGAGUAGGGGUAAGGUCUGCGUACACACACCCUCCCCAGACCCUACUCUUGUGGGAUUUA